CUCGUCUUCCAAGCAACUGUCUCUUGCUCGCCCACUUGAACGACACUUGAACGUCUUUCCAUUGCAAUCCUGUUGAAUUACAUCGUACCUUGCCACCUGUCUCCGAGUCUUUCUGCCGUUGGCCCCUUCAACAUUCCGCCAGCUUUUGCUACUCCUAAUCUUUUCCCUCUCUGAAUACCUUACUACUUUCUUACCCCAUUAUUCAAACUUCUAGCCCAUUGGUAUCCCUCCCACUUGUCUCCUUGUCCCAAUACGGCUCUGGCUCUGCCUUUCGGUUAUUCCCUGCCCCAACUCCCGGGCCCCCUCCCCAGCUUCUUCCAACCUGCAGCCGACCCGACAACUGGUUUCUCGGUCGCAAAUCGAUAGCCAGAUAAUAUCUUCCCUACCAUCUACACUCCCUGCCUCCCCAGCUCAACUGACUCAACUCGACUCGACUCACUAGCGACCUGACCUUCCUUUGCAACCCUUCUUAUUCUCAUCAGGCCCCUCAAUUUCCACAAGUCUGGUGCGCACGCCUGAGAAUGCCGCCUUGAUCAGCCUUGUUCGAGUCUUUUGCGUCACCAAUCUCGAACCCACCCUGCGCUGUAUCAUCUCAACUCACGUCGCCUCCCACUUCUUCCAGACAACGAAAACCUCAUUGGUCCCCUGUGUCUUGACUAGAUCGCCCGGCAUGGACAACCAAGCUGGAGGCGCUGGUGCAAACAGCUCCAGCGACUUUGUGCGAAAGUUAUAUAAAAUGCUCGAGGACCCGUCAUAUUCAUCCGUAGUCCGCUGGGGCGACGAUCGCGACAGCUUCGUCGUCUUGGAAAACGAAAAGUUCACAAAAUCCAUCCUCCCAAAGCACUUCAAACACUCCAAUUUUGCCAGCUUUGUUCGCCAGCUCAACAAAUAUGAUUUCCACAAGGUUCGUCAAAAUAAUGAAGAGGGCGGCACUUCCAUUUACGGACCCAAUGCAUGGGAAUUCCGCCAUCCCGAAUUCAAAGCCAAUAGCAAGGACACCCUUGAUAACAUCAGGCGGAAGGCUCCUGCGCCUCGAAAACCUGGCAAUCUCAGCGAUGAGCAAAUCCCCAUCCAGCAGAUCGACCUCAUGAACCAGCAGAUUGUCGCCCAGGCUCAACAGAUCGAGUCCCUGGUCCAGAACAACCAACAACUCCAGAUCAACCAUCAGAUGGUUGUGCAAGAACUGAUGCGGAUCCAAAAGACGGUGGUCAACCACGACCGCGUGAUGCAGGAUGUCAUGACCUUCCUUCAUUCCGUUGACGCUAAACAAAGGCGAGACAGCAAGUCCAUAUUUCCCCCCCAGCCUGACCAGGCUCCGUCCGCCUCGACCCUCACUCCCACAAGUCAGAACAUGCCCCCGCAAGAUGAUGAUAUUCCCGCGUCACCUCUCCAGCACGCCGCCAAACUGUUAAAUGAUCUUCCUCCUGAUACUCAGUUCAAUUUCGCUGCACUUGAACAAAUGAACCACGGCUUCUUACCGGGAGCCAUGGCCCAGCCGCCCCGUUCCAACCAAUUUGGGGGCCCCAAUUCCGCGACUUCGAGUGGUAGCAUGGGCUUCUCCAAAAUGGAUCCCGCUCAACUCGAACAGGUGGUCUAUCCCAUGGGUACGAUCAACGGCAUCGACCCAACCUAUAGCGAGCACAUUCACAAUAUUCCCUAUAGUCUACCCACCAACACUCGCGAUACCCAGGAUCCGCGUGCCCACUUUGCCGAGUCGCGCAAGAAGAGCGGAGUAUCCGACCCCGGCUGGAGCCGCGCCCCCCGAAUUCUCCUGGUCGAAGACGACCCAACCUGCCGCCAGAUCGGAGGCAAAUUCCUCUACUCAUUCUCGUGUACCGUGGAAACCGCUCUUGAUGGAUUAGAAGCAGUCAGCAAGAUGCAGGAGGGAGUCAAGUACGACUUGAUCUUGAUGGACAUCAUCAUGCCCAACUUGGAUGGUGUCUCGGCCUGCCAUCUGAUCCGUCAGUUCGAUCGCACCCCCAUCGUUGCCAUGACCUCCAACAUCCGAUCUGACGACAUACAAAUGUACUUCCACCACGGCAUGGACGACGUCCUACCCAAGCCUUUUACUCGCAAGUCCCUGUUGGAUAUGCUCGAGAAACAUUUGAUGCACCUCAAAAAGACGCCUCCCGGCAUGGAAGCACCCUCCCAGGCUGGGUUAAUGGGCGGUGGAAUACCUGCAUCUUCCAACGCGCACUCGGUGCGCGAUGACCUUUCGGCUGGGGCAUCUCCCGCAGGAUCCAGUGGGACGUGGAAUUCGCCUAGUCAAUACUCCCCCGUCAACCCCAACAUCCACUACGGAGGCAUACAGCAAGUCGCGCCUCAACAGCAACAGUUUAUCGAUGCCAACGGCAACGCGUACACACAAAACGCACCACAGACGCCCGUGGGACUUCGAGGUCCUAACAUGUUGCAGCAACAGCAACAACAGCAGCAGCAGCAGCACCAACAACAGGCCCAUUCGCACCGUCGAGGGCCGUCAGAAAUGGCUGGAGCACCCGAAAUGGGCAGUGGGAACAAACGACAGCGGCUGUACGCGCCGCAACAGACCAUGUCGGCGCCCAUGCGACAGUGAGGUGGCCUCGCGUUUGGUCAAGUGUACAGUGCAUCAUAUGGCUCGACAAUGGCUCGACAGAAUUGGAGUCGGAGUCGGCGAGGACGAGGAAGGCGCCUUGACGAACGGCAGGUCCAUGUUUUCAGCGCCAAUAAGGCGAAAGGGGUCUUGGUAGAUACGGAAUUGACAGGGACCUACAGGAGACCUGGACAGCGUUAUGCUAUUGUCACAACGUCGAACUUGGACAUUAUGAUUUGACGACUAGGUUGAUUGGGAACUAUUACCUGGAAUUGUGUGUGAGUGUGUGUGAUGUCUGAUGUCUGACGUCUCUGGAGUUGUGUUGAGUUAUGGACAAGGAGUUCCCUCCGGCAAGUCGCAGUAGACGGCUUAGGAACGGUGUCCAGCUGCUGAGAGAAGUUACGACAGCCAGCUGUGGCGGUGGACAAGGGCGUCGUGAACGCCACGACUAGUGGUCCCUUCCAGUCUCCGGUGUCCGGAAACAAAGGGUGAAAUGCGGUUUCUGAGCGUAUUGCUCAUUCCGUAAUCAAAGCCAAGGCUGUGGUUCCCAGUCUAUGCAUGCGGCCACGGCUGGAUGGACGGAUAAAUGCCUGAAUGCCUGCACGAACCAAUGGAGUUCUGGAAAAGGGCGGAUCUGUACAGCAUAUAUGAUGGGACAUGUCAGAGCGAAUGCAUACACGGUUUAAUCCAAUCAGUCGGAGGCUCUAGGUUGGCCUCAGAAGCCCACAGGCGAGGGGCGAGGGGCGAUGGGCGCUCGAGUUUGAUCGACACCAGCCCAUGCUGCAUGGAGACCGGCCAAGGAAGGCGGUACGAGUUGGCUAUCAUGCGGGUUUUGGUCGAGCUUGGAAGGAUUCAAGACAUGGUGGCUGCACUGCUGGCAUUGGAUAAUGACUCGAGCUACGAGGACUGGUCAUACGUGGGUUAGGCCUCUGACGAUUGCUAUAUAUAAUGACGGAAAUCUGGGUAUAUGUCAUGUGUAUGUCACUGUGUUGCCCGUGAGCUUUUGGGCUUUUGGGCUUUCGAGCUUUCUGAACCACAAGUAGCAUUACAACGGCGUG